UGCCAGCUCUAGCGGGUUACGGCAACGUAAACAUAACACGUGGCAGAACGCACAGUUAUCCAGACACUGCGAAUAUGCGCAAGGCAUCGUGUCUAAGAAGAGGUGCGGUGGCUCUCAUCAACGCUGGUGGAAGUGGACCACGUCUCUCCAACUGGGUGUCUCGGAGCUGGAGCAACACUCGACGGAAACACAAGGACCUGCUCAAAGCGCAUACCGUCGCCUUCCACAGUGUCCACAAGUGGAGUCAGGAUGAGGGGAUAGCAGCUCUCCAGGAUGUCCUGAAGCAGAGGUCCGGAGCUCUCUCUCAUGGGCCAAUGCAAGUAAGAGUGUGCAGUUGCAAUGAAGGAGUACAAGAGAGUGUAUGAGCGUAUCCUGGAGAUGGACAAGCGACUGGACAUUGCCAAGAAGCAGCUGCAGGUGUGUGAGGACAGGGAGAGGAAACUACAGAGGGAGAUGGUGAAGGGCUCCAAGGCACCGGGCAUCACACAAGACAAACUCCAGCAGGCUGUGGAUGCCAGGAACCUUGCAAGUACAGAGUUGACAUCUCAGAAGAGGGAGACGGAUGCCCUGAAGCUGGCCUCAGUGAGGGCAGGGCUCCUGGAGCUCUCCCAGUCAUGGGCUUCCCUCGGCAGGAAGUGUGCUGUUCUCGCGGAGUCUCAGAUGGAGUUGGCCCAGCUGAUACCAGAUGUUAACACCCGUCUUGAGGAGAUUCCUCCCUACACCGAUGCCCACGAGAGCCAGAAGAUCAUCUACUCCACACGAGGGAAGCUGGAACACCUUGAGCCUCCCAAGUACAGCUCGGCUGCCCUGGCCACCUCCUUCUCCUCCCCCUCCUCUUCCACCUCAUCCCUCCCUCCUUAUGAACCUCCCUACAGACCAAUGUCGGCUGGUUACAGGGGACCACGGAGAAUGGCUCGUCUCUCUGAUGCAUCAGUAGCGGUGGUCCCGUCACUACCUACGGAACUGGAAGAAGAAGACUCUUUUGAUAGUUUUGAUUCAGACUAAAGUAUAUAUACUCACUCCUCUCUCUCUCUCUCUCACAGUACAUAGAGCACAUUUUAACCUCACACAUUAUAGUGCAUUAUAUUAAUUUUAACGUUAAUAGCAACGUUGAGGUGCAUCAAUACUUU